ACACGAAAUGAAACGUCAAUCAAAUUCACAGUGAGUAGACAGAAGAAGAAAAAAGAGUGUAGCUAUGUUGAUCGCAAAAUAAAAUUCCAAAAUCAAGAAGAAGAAAAUUAUAUUGUUGUAAAUUAAUAUUUAAAAAUAAAUUUGUUCGUUUUUUUAAAUUAUCUGUGGAGUAUAAGUAAAAUCGAUCCAAAUGUCUCGGCAUCGUGCAGUUCGAACUAUGAAUUAUUCGGAUGAAUAUGAUGCGUACGAUGAUAUCUAUGGUCAUUCGGUGGAUGAUGAGUCACCUAUUUCACCAACCGACGCUCAACAGUGGAUGUACGAUCGAAAUCGAGGCCAACAGAGUAUUGCAUCAUUCAUCACGAAUAAUCAUGACAUCAAAGAGGAGACGGACGAGGAAUCUGAAUCCAUGGCAGACGAACUACACAAAAAACUGCGCAGAGACUCUGAUACUUUUGAAAUGCCAACACUCAGUGAGGAUGAACAAGUGUUGUUGGACUCGUGCAUGGAUGAAAUUCGGAAUGUAGUCGGUGAUACAGUUUCGGAACGGCAGCUGGUUGAGGCUAUCAUGGCUCACAAAUUUGACUGUACCAAAGCACUAGAUGCGAUAUUGAAUAAUUCUUCGUCCGAAUCGGCAAUCACAUCGACCUCAUCACAACCGCCAAUGGAAACAGGUAUUGGAUCGAGAUUGCUCGAAAAAUCACAGAAACAAAAUCAGACUCCACAGUUUCAAGCGGUCAAAGCAACACUCAAUGUAUCGAAAAAAGGUUUCGAUAUCAGUUCGCCACGUCUUCAAUCACCGGCCGCCUCUGGUCGAAACACUCCCGUUGGCUUAUUUGAAGAUGGACCAAAAUCAUCCCAGAAGACCAAGGAACAGUUGAGUCAAGACGCCAAGGACUUGUUCGAAAAGGAACGUGGCAAUGAAAAACCACACAUCCAUCUAGUAGUGAUAGGGCACGUGGACGCGGGAAAGAGCACGUUGUUGGGUCACACAUUAUUCGACUUGGGAUAUGUGUCGCAAAAAGCAAUGCACAAACAUGAGCAGGAAAGCAAGAAAGUGGGCAAGCAAAGCUUCAUGUAUGCAUGGGUCUUGGAUGAGACUAGCGAAGAACGCUCACGAGGUAUCACAAUGGAUGUUGGUGUGCUUGUAUUUGAAACCGAAUCAAAAGCAGUGACUCUCUUGGAUGCACCGGGUCACAAAGAUUUCAUACCGAAUAUGAUAUCUGGGGCGACACAAGCCGAUGUCGCUUUGCUCGUUGUUGAUGCUACUAAGGGCGAAUUUGAAACUGGAUUUGAGCAAGGCGGACAAACAAGAGAACAUGCUCUUCUAGUGAGAUCAUUGGGCGUAAGUCAAUUGGGUGUUGUUAUAAAUAAAAUGGAUACAGUAAAUUGGCAGCAAGAGCGAUUCGAUGAAAUCGUCGGCAAGUUGAAAUCAUUUUUGCGUCAGGCAGGAUUUAAGGAAUCAGAUGUCAGCUACAUUCCAUGCAGCGGAAUGACCGGUGAGAACUUGGUAAAGCCACCGACAGAACCACAGCUGUUAUCUUGGUACAAUGGUCCAACACUAAUUAGUGUAAUAGAUAAAUUCCGAGUACCUGAGCGACCGGUUGAGAAAGCGCUUCGCGUAUCCGUGACAGAUAUUUUUAAAGGUAUAUCUGGUCAGUGUGUUACUGGGCGCAUCGAAACGGGUGUGCUACGACGCAAUGACAUCGUUCUGGUGUGUCCAAUCAAAGAGCAGGCGACCGUUAAACAGAUCAAUAUUGACGAAACCAAUUCGAUUACGACUGCAUUUGCUGGUGACCAAGUGACAAUUACGGUCUCUGGAAUCGAUGCAUCAAACAUAACCGUCGGUUCGGUUAUUUGUCAUACAAAAGAUGUGGUGCCAAUUGCAACACGUUUCCAGGCUCGAAUCAUUGUGUUUAAUAUUAAGAUGCCCAUUACAAAUGGAUAUCCGGUUGUGUUGCAUCUUAAUUCACUUGUCGAAGCGGCCGUAAUUACUAAGCUUAAAUCGCAAUUGCAUAAAGUAACUGGUGAAAUAAUGAAAAAGAACCCACGUUGCCUAAGCAAUAAUUCGUGUGCAUUGGUUGGGAUUGAAGUGAGUCGACCAAUUUGUAUUGAAAAGUACGCGAAAUUCAAAGAACUUGGCCGUGUCGCGCUGCGUGUUGGUGGUGUCACUAUCGCUGCUGGCCUGGUCACCAAAAUCAUGAAAUAAAGUUGCAUUUUGUACAGAAAUCUCCCUUUUUUUAAAUAAUAAUAAAAGAAACACGUUCCGCAAAAUGUGUAAGAGACGAAAUGAAACAAAACAAAAAGGGCGUUUUCUUUUUCAUUGUAAUUUUAUCACAUCUAAAAUUCAAAUCGAGAUAAAAUAAAAUAUUUGUAUUUGAUUAACAAAGAAA